AUGGCAGAUAGCCAACCAGGAGACAACACCCCAGCAGUGCCCGUAGGCAAUCCAGAAGAUGAUAACCAAAUAACCCUAGAAGUCCAUCAUCGUGGAAAAGAUCACAUAUUCAAUCUAUUCUCUACCUCUACACUCCAAGACCUCUCUGCUGCCAUAUCAGACCGUCUUUCCAUCCCACCCACAAAUCAAAAGCUCCUCAUAUCCCCCAAACCUGGAAUGCAAAAGCACCCAUUCCAACCAAUCCCACUCACCACCCUCCCAUUCUCCCAUCCCCGCUUCAAAAUUACGCUCUUUGGCAGCACGGCCGCCGAAGUAAACUUCAUCAACGAGGCCUCUCCCCUUAAAUCCCCUACCAACAUCCCUCGCAUAAAACCCGUAACACCCAACCCGCGCAGAACCCGUCCCACCACCUCCCAAUACACUUUCCACACCCUCCUCCCUCUAGCCCACCUCCCCAACCCUUCACGUUCCCUAUCCUACCUAACCCGUCUCCGCGACGACCCCGGCAUCCGCUCCGCCAUGAACAAGCACCGAUUCUCCGUCUCACUCCUAACCGAGAUGGACCCAGCUGAACACACAACCGUCUCUUCGCGCACACUAGGCUUAAACAGGAACAAAGGCGAAGUCAUCGAACUGCGCUUGCGCACAGAUGCCUACGAUGGCUACCGCGACUACCGCACCAUUCGCAAGACGCUGUGCCACGAACUGGCCCAUUGUGUGCAUAGCGAUCAUGAUCGGGACUUUUGGGACUUGACGGCGCAAGUUGAGAAGGAGGUGGAGCGGGGGGAUUAUUGGGGAACGGGUAGGGGUGGUGGGAAGAGGUUGACGGAUGAGGAGUUUUAUAAUCCAAGUGAUUGGGAAGAAAUGGCGAGCGGGCGUGGGGAGGUGAUGGAUCAUGGCGGGUGGACAGGGGGCGAGUUUUUGUUAGGGGGCAGGGAAAGGGAUCUGGGUGGGUUGAGUCGCAGGGAGAUUCUGGCGGAGGCGGCGGAAAAGAGGGCUGCGAUGGCGAAGAGGGAGAGGGAGGACGAGGGGAGGAAGAACGUGGGUGAUGUGGAAGAUGCCAGUGCGGGUAAUUAA